AUGUUUGGUGGAACUCAGGUUCUCAUCAACGGACCGUGCUUUAAUUCAACCAACCUGAUUAUCUGUGAUUUCGACGGAUUCGAGACUUCUGGAAGACUUUUGGAAGACGAGGUCGCCCUUUGCGUUUCGCCGACUUUCUACAAAGUUGGACAGAUUACCCUGCGCGUAUCUCUAGACGACGGACUCACGUUUGAUUUCACAGGAUUGUUCACAAUUAUCAGUGUCGAGGACGUUCCUGACGGUGUAUUUUCCUCAGUAACGGAAAGCAACCAAAAAGAAUCCGACUUCGAGAUCACGUGGAACACAGAUGCCCUCGAAAGCGUGGACGAAGUUGACGUCGUUGUCUACGGCUACCGAGAGGACGAUUACGUGGAGUUUAGUGGACCGUUGGUCAUAGUCGCACAGGGAGUUGACUAUCGUGUCGGUUACCACAGCGUUUCAGGGUUACUAGACCCUCAAAUACACUUCGACGUCGGUGUUAUUGGCGUCAUUGAAUCUAAUGGUCAAGGGGAGAACUCACUAGGAGGGGGACAGGAGUGUUGCUAUGGUGAUGAUGGAAUGAUCAUUAAUAUCGUUGAUAGUCUGGGAGGGGGCUUCAACCAUCGUUACCACCAUGGUGGCGUCACCCCAUAUGGGGCACCUAAGAAGGUACCAUAUAUGUCGCACUACUUCGUCGACAUCUUGCCCUGGACCUACUGCUGUACUUACGGUGGACCAGAUGAGUGCACAAAUUUUGCUCGCCGACGGCCUUCUCAAACUUGCAACAACUACGUUCCGCCUGCUCUAGCAUUGGGUAGUGGCGAUCCACAUAUUUCAACUCUUGACUCGACCACGUACACUUUCAACGGCCACGGUGAAUUUACUCUGCUGAACGCACUGAAUGACAUCUUCAUCUUACAAGCAAGAGCGGCUCCUCUCGUUGGAACGUCUGAUGCAACGGUGUUUGUUGCCAUGGCAGUACGAUUUGGUGAUAGUGAUGUCAUUCAUGUUCAAACCAAUGAACGCAGGGUUCUUGAUGUUUAUGUCCGACUAGCCGGGGAUGGACAAAACUUCACAAGGAUUGAAUUCGAUCAGGCUUCUCGAUGGUCAUAUUCAGGGGUCUCGGUAACCGGUCGCAACAUUACCUCAGAUGGAAUCAUUGUAUCUUUUGACGGAGGGGUAGGGCUAAAUAUAAAAGCAUUCGAAGGAGCAAUGAGCAUUUUUCUCGUAGCUCCAGACUCCUUCCGGGGUCUGACGCAAGGGUUGAUGGGAACGUGGAAUGGUAAUGCCAGUGACGAUUUCCUAACUCCUCAGGGAUCUAUCCUCUCACCUGAUCUGACUACUGAGCAGUUGCACUACCAGUUUGGACUAUUAUGGGAAAUCGGUGCCGCAAAAUCAGUGUUCUAUUACGAACCGGGCAAGGACCACGAAUUUCAUACCAACCGCCAUUACAUUCCUGUCUUUGAGCCUGUCGCCAACCCUUCUGUAGACCAGAGCCUUGUGGUAGAAGUCUGCGGUACGAACCCGUUCUGUAUCUUCGACUACCAGACAACGGGGUCGCAGAGUUUUGCACAGAAUACCGUGAAGUCCCUCGUGCAGUAUCAGCAGGCAGUUGACAACAGAGCAUCGUUCGUGAGUUGCCCAAGUCUUCCCGCCCCUGCUAAAGGAAGAGCCAUCGUGGCGACCUACAAGGCAGGGGGCGUGGCCAGAUUCGUGUGCGAUGCCAGCUUCGAACUGAGUCAUGUGGUCAACUUAACCUGCCAAUCAAAUGGUACUUGGAGUCAUGGCGAUAUCCCGACAUGCAUGGGUGAUGCAUCCGGGCAGACAAAGACUACGCCCUCUAGGACAGGGACGCCACUUGUUCUUUCGAGGCCUGCGAUCAUCGGAAUAUAUGGGGGAACGGUGAUUCCGAUCGGUGUGAUCGUGCUAGUCGUCAUUUUGAUCUGCAGACCAAAGAAACGUCCACCGUCGAGCAGAAAGGUGAACCCUUCAACAGACCAGGCUGAAGUUCAGGAAAACCCUAAGAACGGCCAUGCUUAGUCUUGGCAAUAAACUUCAAAAAAGACGAGUGGAUCGACGCGUGAAGCUACUGGUUUAUUUUAAUCUCUGCAAACGCACGCGUGUAUGGGCAGAUAACUCUUUCG